AGGAAGGUAAAUAUGGCCAAAAGCAGUUCCAGGUUGUUUGUUUCCUAAGUCCAAGAACUCAGACCAGCCUUUGACUUAUAAAUCAUAACCCGGGUAUGUAAGCAACCCAAACAGUUACUAACACUGAGUAACCAAGAUGGAACAACUGGAAAUCACUACUCUUGCUCUUGUGAUUUGUGUCACUUGCCUGGUUUUUCUUUUUGUGUGGAAGAAAAGUCACAAAGGUUUGGGAAAGCUCCCUCCUGGUCCAACUCCACUUCCCAUCAUUGGGAAUCUGAUGCAACUAAACCUCAAGGACAUCCCUGCAUCUCUUUCCAAGUUGGCCAAACAAUAUGGCCCUGUUUACACUCUGUACCUUGGAUCCCAGACCACGGUGGUCUUACAUGGAUAUGAGGCGGUGAAGGAAGCUCUAAUUGACCAAGGUGAUGAAUUCCUUGGCAGAGCACGUAUUCCUAUUAUUGACGAUACCCAGAGAGGAUACGGACUCUUUUUCAGCAAUGGGGACGCGUGGAAGCAAAUGCGGCCCUUCUCCCUUAUGACCCUAAGGGACUUUGGGAUGGGGAAGAGGAGCCUCGAGGAGAGGAUCCAGGAGGAGGCCCAGUUUCUGGUGGAGGAGCUCAGGAAAUCAGAGGCUCAGCCCUUUAACCCUGCUCUCACCCUGUCCUGUGCUACCUGCAACGUGAUCUGCUCCAUCCUCUUCAAUGAACGUUUCCACUACAACGAUAAGACCCUUCACUCCCUGCUGGAUUUGUUAAAUAAAAAUUUUAAUUGAGGAAGCUCUCUCUGGAACCAGCUUUACAAUCUAUGGCCAAAACUCAUAAAGCCUCUCCCUGGAGAGCACAGAGCAUUUUCAAAAAGGCUUAAGGGUGUUCACUACUUUGUCCUGAAAAAAGUGAAGAAGCAUCAAAAGUCCCUGAAUCAUAAUAACCCUCGAGACUACAUUGACUGUUUCCUCAGCAGGAUGGAGCAGGAGAAACAGAACCCAGAGUCUGAAUUUCACUUGGAAACCUUAGCAACCUGUGGAUCAAAUCUGUUUUCAGCAGGAGUAGAGACAACCACUGCCACCCUGAGUUACGGGUUCCUGCUCCUAAUGAAAUACCCUGAGGUUCAAGCCAAAGUUCAUGAAGAAAUUGACCGUGUGAUUGGACUCACCCGAAGUCCCUGCAUGAAGGACAAGAUGAAGCUGCCCUAUACAGAGGCUGUGUUGCAUGAGAUACAGAGAUACAUCACCCUCAUUCCUUCUAACUUACCCCAUACUGUGGUCCGGGACACGAAAUUCAGACAAUAUGUCAUCCCCAAGGGUACUACUGUAUUGCCGUUACUGUCUUCCAUCUUGUACGACUGCACGGAGUUUCCUAACCCAGAGAAGUUUGACCCAGGCCAUUGUUUGGAUAAAAAUGGCAACUUCAGGAAAACAAAACACUCUGUGGCUUUUUCCAUUGGGAAAUGGGCCUGUGUUGGAGAGGGCCUGGCCCACAUGGAGCUGUUCCUGUUCUUCACCACCAUUCUGCAAAAUUUUGUCCUGAAAUCCCUGGGGGAGACAAAGGACAUAGAGACCAAACCCAUUGUUACCGGAUUCAUCAAUAUGCCACCACCCUUCAAGCUAUGCCUUAUCCCCAGAUAAAAUAAGAGCUUUUCUCUUUUAACAAUUUAAAUAAAAGUAAUAGCUUUUUCUUCUCA